UUGAGAUUGAAAAGGGUCAAAGAGCAACAACCAGAAUAACCCAUCAAGAAAGACUAAUUUUUACACCAUCUCAACAACCUAAACUCACUUUUCCUCUUUGUGAAAUGCCAAACCCAAACUAACAGACUAACAGAAAAUCAAAUCCCAUUCCCACCUUCCAAUUCUCAUCUAACCAAAGCCAACCCAAGCAAACAUCUUUAAAAACAAAAUCACCACCACCACCGCCACCACAGCCACCCAAAUGGCCUCCUUAUCCCUUCUCUCCUCCCUUAGCACCACCUUUCCCAAUCUUUUCAUGUGCCCCCCGAAUUCCCUUAAGUUACGCACCCCCACUGUCCUCUCCAUCAGAGCCCAAGCUGUCCCCGCUCUCACCCAGGAUGACUUGAAGAAGCUCGCCGCUGACAAAGCUGUUGACUAUGUUAAAUCUGGCAUGGUUCUCGGCCUCGGUACCGGUUCCACCGCCGCUUUUGUCGUCGACAAGCUCGGCCUCCUCCUCAAAACCGGCCAAUUAACUGACAUCAUCGGAAUCCCGACCUCUAAACGCACCGAAGAGCAAGCAAGAUCGCUCAACAUCCCUCUCACUACACUCGAUGAACACCCGGUUCUUGACUUGGCCAUUGAUGGAGCUGACGAGGUUGACCCUGAUCUCAACCUGGUUAAGGGUCGUGGUGGAGCCCUAUUGCGUGAGAAAAUGGUGGAGGCUUCUUCGAAGAGCUUUGUUGUCGUUGUUGAUGAGACGAAGUUAGUUAGUGGACUUGGCGGGAGUAAACUGGCAAUGCCAGUUGAGGUGGUUCAAUUUUGUUGGAAAUAUAAUUUGAUUAGGCUUCAGGAGAUGUUUAAAGAAAGGGGUGUUGAAGCGAAGUUGAGAGUGACGCCAGAAGGGAAGCCUUAUGUGACCGAUAAUUUUAAUUAUAUUGUGGACUUGUAUUUUGAGACGCCCAUUAGAGAUGGGGUUGCUGCAGGGGAAGAGAUUGGGAAGCUUGAAGGAGUUGUGGAACAUGGGUUGUUUUUAAAUAUGGCAACUACUGUGAUUAUUGCUGGGAAGAGUGGCGUUGAAGUGAGGAGCAAGUGACGCUGAUAGUGAUGGUGAGGACUUCAAAAUCGGGUCUUUAUGCUUCAUUUUGUCUCUUGUUGUUGUUCAGUGUCAUUAUGGUGGAUUUGGGACUUUUCUUUUUCCUUUGGUACUCUGAUUGUUAGAUUAGGAAGACGGGUGUGUUAGAAAUUUUGUAUCUUGAAGCACAAACUGGGAUAUAUAUGUGUGCAAUAAUUGAAGACAAAUUGUUUUAUGGUGUCUAAUUAGUGAUGAAAUUGUUUCAUCAUUUCAUUUUUCUUGACUGUAUGAGUAAUGAGGAAAUAAUAUUCAUUAUGCUGAGCA